AUGAGGCGGGCCGCCUCGCUGCCUUUGGAAGGCACAAAUUUCAGGGCAAAUCUCUGUGCUCAGCUUGCUAGUGAGGAUGAGGUGCAGUGGUGGUUAGGAAACUUUCAGAAGUCCUCAGGCUUGACCUGGAGGAAGUCAAAAACCUAUCCUGAUGAAGGGAGAGGCUCAAACAAGUACAGGGUGGACUUAAGAUGUCAGCAUAACACCAGAGGAAGUGCUUGCAAGAUGACAAAAAACACCUCCUGCACUGCCACCAUGUACCUAGUCCUGAAAAGGCAGUGUUUCAGUAAAGGGAGAAAGUCAAGGUCAGAAGAUCCACAUAUUGCAAAGGGAUUCUUUCUCAAAAUAAAUCUUCGAAAUGAGCACAACCAUCGGGUGUCAUGUGCUGAAUCACUAAACAGGGAUGUUUGCCAGGACACCUGUGACAAACUACUGGCCCUGUUCCAGAGUGGGCACUCUCCCUCAUCAGCCCUUGACACUCUUAAAUUUGACCUGCAGGAGCAAGAGGGAGAAAACUACAUUUACGCUGCUGCAGAUCGCUCUGUUUGCCCCGAUCUCCAGUUCUGCUACAGAAAGGUGGGGCUAGGUGGGAGAAGGGCUCUGUCAUCACUGCGGCCCACAAAGGCAUCAGCAAGGGAGCACCCAUAUUACAAAACAGGGAGAAAGAGGAGUGCUCCUCACUGUCUUGCUCACUGUGUGCAGGAGAACAUGUCACUAGGUGGAACACACAAGUUUAGCUGUGUUUAA